AUGUAGUAGUAACUUAAAGUAUGUAAUAACAAAGAGAAUUAAGAUAGAGAUUUUAGUAAGGUUGAAUCUAGAAUCUAACUUUUAAUAGAUGAAAAUUAGAGAUUGAAUUAAUUACUUAUACCAAAGAUGGAAGAAAUCUAAUAAUUAAAAAAUGAAAACAAUCAUUAAUUAAUGGAAUUAAAUAAAUUUAGAGGUUAAGAUUGUGAAUAGAAGAUUUUAACUGAAAUUAUUUUAUAAAAAACUGGUGAUUGUGAUAAACAUAAACGAUAAUUAUUAAAAGCUGAAAAAUCUAUUGAUGAUUUACAAUAAGAAAUUAAUAGACUUAAAUUUGAAAAGGAUUAAUAUACUAAAUAAAUACUAGAAGCAUAAACAUAAAAUCUUUUAUUAGACUAAGAAAGAUUAAAAUAAAUAGAUGAAUUAAAAACAAAAGUAAGAAAAUUUAAUUAAGGUUCUAACGAUUAAAUUGAUUAAUUAAAAUUUGAGAUCAAUAAAUCUUAAUUAGAAAAUGAAUCUUUGAAAGUCUAAUUAAAACAAUUAUAAGAUGAAAAUGUAUUAAUAUAUAUAAUUUAUUCUUAGGUUUCUAUUAAAAGACAUUUAGGUUGUUUAAGUGGAUAUAUAUUAGAAAAUGAACAAUUAAGAAAAGAAAAUGAAAAUUUGAAUUAAAAUUAUUAAGCUUUAUUAGCUAAAUAAUGA